AACAAGAAGAGACGGAGAAGAGCGGAGAGAGAGAGAGAGAGAGGGAGGGGGGAAGGGCUUUGGAUCUGAUGGUCAAUGUCGAGGAUGAAGCAUCUUCUACGAAAGCUUCACAUCGGCGGAGGAGGAGGUGGCGGAGGAGUCGACCACCAGCACCAUCAACGGCUCGGUGAUCCGAGGCGUAACCCUUCGCCGCCGCCCGCUGCCUCGGCGUCGUCGAGUUCGAGAGGGAGCGGUCAGGAGGCGGCCUCGGCUGGGCCAGAUUUCAGAUUGUUCGAGGAGGAGUACCAGGUGCAGCUGGCGUUGGCGAUCAGUGCCUCGGACCCUGACGGGCUCGAGGACCCGGAUUCCGUGCAGAUGAAGGCGGCCAAGCGGAUGAGCCUGGGGUGCUCCCUUGGUGUUGGAACUGCCGCCGCGGACUCUGUUGGUGUUGGUGGUGCGGAUGAGAGCUCGAUGGAGUUCCUCUCGUUCCGGUACCGGAGCUACAAUGUUGUUAACUAUGAUGAGAAGCUAAAGGAUGGUUUUUAUGAUGUAUAUGGAAUUAUCUCAAAUUCCAACCUAAGAGAAAAGAUGCCUUCAUUGUUAGAUCUCCAAGCAUCAUCGAUUUCAGAUGACAUUGAAUAUGAAGUAAUUUUAGUGAACCAGACAAGAGAUCAUGCACUUCAACAACUUGAGAAGAAAGCAAUCUCUAUUGCUUCAAAAAGCAAAGCAGAAGAGCGUGGCAUACUCACCAGUGGGCUAGUCCAGAAGAUUGCAGAUCUUGUUGUUCACAGUAUGGGUGGCCCAGUUGAUGAUGCUAUUGAUAUGCAAAGAAAGUGGGCUCUCAAAAGCUGUGAAUUGCGGACUUCUUUGAACACUAUUGUUCUUCCUCUUGGUUCACUUGAAAUUGGAUUAUCACGUCACAGGGCCUUACUCUUUAAGGUACUAGCUGAUCUAAUAAACCUCCCUUGUAAACUUGUAAAAGGCAGUUAUUAUACUGGUACUGAUGAAGGGGCUGUGAACUUUAUUAAAGUUGAUUAUGACAGUGAAUAUAUUGUUGAUCUUAUGGGAGCUCCAGGCACAUUAAUUCCUACUGAGAACCCCUGCAUUCAUCUUGAAAAUUCUGGAAACUUUCUGCUGGGCCCAGAAACCAUUGAACAAACUGUCAAAGAUUUAUGCUUGGCCCUUGAUAAAGUCAGUUCCCAGUUUGAGAGGAAAACAGAUGUAUUAGAAGGAAGUUAUGAUAACAGCUUAUUAUCGGGGCAUCUUGGAUUGCAGCUAGAAGAAACAUCAAAUUUAGUCAGUAGACCAGAAGAUGUUGAUGCAAAAUUUGAUAAUGAUCAAAUUGAAAGAUGUGAAAAUGAACUUGGGAAAUUUUGCCCUUCACCGAGUAGGCGACAAGACUCAUUAAAACCUGAAGAAGUUAUAUCCCCUUCUCAAAGGAUGAAAGUUAAUGAUGUUUCCAAAUAUGUAGUAACUGCAGCAAAGAACCCUGAAUUUGCUCAGAAGUUGCAUGCUGUUUUAUUGGAAAGUGGUGCUUCACCUCCUCCAGAUUUGUUUUAUGACUUAAGCCCUUCACUAGAUUUAAUAGAACAGGACCAUAGAAAAGGCAACUACAAGGAAAGAGAAGGGAGAAGUGGGACAGAUUUACCUGUCACUGGUUGGACGUUAAACUUCCAGCCUUUAGUUUCACAUGCAUCAGUUGCAGAACACUCGAAUGAUACUGAUAAUGGAAAAAGGAAUCAACAUGUUGGUGGAGAAUCCACAUAUAAUAUUGACAAAGGCAUAUUUGGUACGAGCAUGUCUACAUCUUUAGUAAAAGCAAAUGAAUGGUUAGUUAAAAAGGAUGUUCAGGUGGAUGGAAGUUCUCCACAUGAUUUUUGGAGUAAAUUCACCGGUCCAGUUCUUGAUACUGCAUCUGUAUCAACAGCUACAUGCAUGAAACAAGUGAAUGUUUCUUCUGUACCAUAUGAGGCUGAGUCAAAUGUUCUUGGAUCAUCAGAUGCACAAUACUCUCAGGAAAAUGCAGGAAGCCAUUCUAAUCCUUAUAAACAUGGAGAUAUUCCUUCAGAAGAUUGUCAAGAAUGUGCAAAGAAUUCUACGGUCAAACUCUUACAAGAUGAUCCUCAUGGCUCAAGUGCUUCUGACAAUAUAAAAAGAAGCAUAAUACUAGAUGCUGUUGCUGAAUGGGAGAUACCAUGGGAAGAUCUUCAGAUUGGAGAAAGAAUUGGUAUUGGCUCGUAUGGGGAGGUUUAUCAUGCAGAUUGGCAUGGCACUGAGGUUGCCGUGAAGAAAUUUUUGGAUCAGGGUCUGUCUGGUGAUGCAUUGGAACAAUUCAGAUAUGAAGUGAAAAUCAUGUCAAGGCUACGGCAUCCCAAUGUUGUUCUUUUUAUGGGAGCAGUGACCCGUCCUCCAAAUUUGUCAAUACUAACAGAGUUUCUUCCAAGGGGCAGUUUAUAUAGGUUGUUGCAUCGUCCUAAUGUUCAACUUGAUGAAAAUCGACGACUGAAAAUGGCACUGGAUGUGGCCAAGGGGAUGAAUCACUUACAUACUAGCCAUCCAACUAUCGUGCACCGGGAUCUGAAGUCUCCAAAUCUUCUUGUUGAUAAAAAUUGGGUGGUCAAGGUCAGUGAUUUUGGCUUGUCAAGAUUGAAGCAUCACACCUUCUUGUCAUCCAAGUCCACCGCCGGAACACCGGAGUGGAUGGCGCCGGAGGUAUUACGAAAUGAACCAUCAAACGAGAAAUGUGAUGUUUACAGUUUUGGUGUAAUCCUGUGGGAAUUAGCUACCUUGCGCAUGCCAUGGAGUGGAAUGAACCCAAUGCAAGUGGUUGGAGCAGUGGGUUUCCAAAAUAGACGUCUUGACAUACCUGAAGAGGUCGAUCCAAUGGUUGCACAAAUAAUAACUGAUUGUUGGCAAAGUGAGCCUAACGAACGCCCAUCUUUUGCCCAGCUUAUGUCAUGUCUUAAGCAGUUGCAGAAGUUGGUCGUAGUAAACUGAAACUUCCCAUGUCGGCGAAAAUAUAGAUGGCUACUGACUGAAGGUUGCAGAAGUUGGUCGUCGUAAACUGAAACUUCCCACGUCAGCGGAAAUAUAUAUGGCUACUGACUGAAGACUACAAACCACGCAAAUCGAUGUGUCUAUGCUGGAACAGCAGGGCACCGACUAUGUAUCACAAAAUAUAUUUGUUUCUGUUCAAAGUAGAGGAUUCCUAAGAGGCUGUUGGUAGCAGAAAAGGCAUUUUGGCUGUGCGAAGUGCAGCUGCAGAAUUAAUACCGGUAUACUCCGAAGCUCUUACACAACGAUUAAAAGUAUAGCACUGCAGUAUAUAAUUCUGUCAUUUUUGUUUCGGAAUCACAAGUCGAUUCUGAAAACUGCUUGAAAUUAUACACAGCGGCCGGAAUUGUAAUUAUUGUUGGUGUGGAGAAAAGAGAAGGUACUGAUCAAAACAUUGAAGGGGUUGCAUAAGUUGCAUGACCUGUUCAUAUCCUCAAUAAAAUACCUGUUUCUUGAGUUUUAA